AUUUUUUUGUUAGAAGCUUCUAUUGUUUUGGAUUAUAACAAAAUAGUUGAAAAACAAAAGAAAAACUCAAAGAUUUUAAUGCGUAACAAAAGUGUAAAAUGUAAGCAGCUAAAGUGAAAAGAAUUUGAGUAUGUAAAACGAAUGGAAAGAAAAAUAAAUUGCUCAGACUAAAUCAAUGGCGGCAAUGGUGAAUUAGUGAGUGAAUAGAAGAAUCUUGUUUUAUUAUUACUAAAAUAUAUAGCUACAUAAGUGUUGAAUUGAUGGGAUUUUUUGGCUAACAAACAAAUUGCCAAUAUGUUUAUGGAUACACCGAAAUUACAACCCAUCUCUAAGAGUAAACCCAAACCGCCUAGUGAACAAACAAAUGUGCCUUCUUCUAGCAGCAGCAGUCAAAAUAACACCAAUAAUGGUGUUGGUAACAACAACAAUAAAACCUUUGGAACUACAAAUAAUAAUGAUAACAAGGGAGAUACUCGCAAUAAUAAUAGCAGCAGCAUCUCAUAUCGCAAACACAAUUACAGUCCCAAUUUUCUUAAAAAUUUUAAAUCCCGCACGAAUGGAGAUUUUCAUCCCAAAAACUUUCAACGAAACCACCUAGCAAACUAUCACAACAACAAUAACCGCGUCAAUUGGCAGAAUACCCAUUGGAAUAACACCAACUCUAACAUAAUUCAAUGGACACCGGGCAACAACAGUUAUCGUAAAAAUCAAAAUUAUUCCAAUUCAACACCCAGAAACGAUACGAAACAUUUGCAGGAUAGCAAAGCCAGUGGAACUCCCAAUUUUCGCACGGAUACAGAGGAGGGGAACUUUAAAAGCAAAGAUAGCGAAAAGGAUAGCAAGUUCAAGGAUCGUAACGACAAAGAUAAAGAAAGUAAAGAUAAGGAAAGUAAGGAUAAUAGUACAACAAUAAAGUUGCCCAAUAAUCAAAAGGAGACGGGAAGUGGUAAACCUCAAACGCCUGGCAAAACCAAUAACAAGAAACUUGGCAACUGUAAACGGUUAACGCCUAAACGUCCUGUGCAAGAAGUUAGUCAAAAAUCCGAGAAGCUACAAGCAACCAAAAGAUUUGAAAAUCCGGCAGUGGAGACAGCGAACUCUAAAAAUUUCGAGAAGCUACCAGCAACCAAAAGCUUGGAGAACCCUAAAGUUGAUACCACAAACUCCGAAAAGCUUAAAGCAACCAAAAGCGUUGAAACCCCAAAAGUCGAUACCACAGGCAAUCCUUUUAAAAAAUCCAAACUUCAAUCAGUUAAAUUGCAACCAGUAAAGCUCAGCCCUCCCCUAAGGACUGCAAAAGUAAAUCAAAAAGUUAAUAAAAAGGAGGCUAAACCAAAAAUAUCGCCUCCAAAACAGGUAAAAAGAGGAAAACAAUUUAAACGCAAAUUCAAAAAUGCCAACAAUUUACCGGCAAUAACGACCUCAACUUCAACUGAAUGUGAUACCAGCAGCCAGACACCUGAGAACAGCGAUCCCAUCCAGUCUGCCAAGGUUACUCAGACUACGACAGACGAUUGGCAAAAAAGCGAUACAAAUUCAAAUCAGUCAAACCCUGAAUUGGCUUCUGAAAAUAUAACCACUAGCGAGGAAGUUUUAGUUUGUCCAGAUAUAAUAACACAAUCACCAUCACCAGCAACUACACCCACACCGGCAGAGCACUUGCCGCCUGACUCUAGUUGCAAGGCUUUUAAAUCAAACUGCAAUGGGGAUAUUUUGGAAUUAGAAUCCCAACCAGUCUCUGCACCACUAGCCAGCCCUAGCCUAGAAACUGUUGAUGGCCUAGAGACUGUUAAUCAAAAUUUCGAAACUUCUUCUGCUGCUAACAACGAACAUAACCUUUUGGAAAACCUAUACCAGCAGCAGCACAUGACAAACGUUUUGCCGGAAGAGGAUUUUAUAGUUGAAACAAAUUCUGAAAACCAACUCCUUAGUAAAUCUGCUUUAGAAGAGACGAGCAGCAAACAACAAAACAGCGAAGAAGAGCCAGAGGAUUCAGUAUUACCAGGUGCAGGUUGUAGCAGCAGCAGCACUAUUUCGGCCGAUACACAAAGUGAGGGAGAAACCAAAGAGUUUCAGUUCCCGAAAAUUUCAUUGAUACCCUUGUCACGGCUCAUAGCUGCCGAGUUUUGGGAGGCACCACGUGGUGAGGACCCGCUGACACUAGACCUGGGUAACAAAGUGCAGCCAUUAAACACCUCAGCAACAACGACAACAGCAACUACAACCCCUAGUACCCCACAUAAGCAUCACACGGUGUUUAGGCCUAAUCUGGUGAAACGUAAACGCAACGUCUCGACAUGCAGCAAUACCUCCACCAGCAGCAAUACAGCCUCAGCGGCUGAGAAUAUUGUGGACAAGCUGGUGACUAUGAACAAAAUCAAUAUCAAGGAUAUAAUCAAUAGCACCCACACCAAAUACGACGAGGCUCUCAAGCUACAAGCCCGCAAGCGUCUCAGAGAGGAAAUACGACGUCAGUUAAAGACCCUGAACAUAGAACCCACUAGGAAUCCGGCUAAUGCGGAAUUUGUACCCGACGAAAUUGUAGAUUCCAUAAAUAUACCGGAUUUGGUCUUGGAAGAGAUAAGAAAGGCUUUGGGCUACAAUUUACUACAGAUAAGCGAAGGUAUUAAGGAAGAAGAGAACGAAAGCCUGCCAGACUGCAACGAUUUGAGUAAGCUAAUAGUGGAUGUAGAGCAGCCAGAGACGAACGCAGUCACAGCACCAACACCACCAUCACCAGACCCAGUUCAGGCUUUGCCUGAAACUACAAACGAGCCUUUGGAAACCAACCCCAGCCAGGCAAUGAAGGAUAUCUCAGCCACAGCUAUAAAAAUGGAAGAACAAACUGUGACCAACGAGGAGGGGGUUCAGAAGAAGAUGAGCAAAGAGGAGAAGAAAGUCAAAAAAUAUCGCAAACAUAAAGAAUCUCACAAAACCAAGACACCAAGCUCUAAGAAGAGUUCCAAAAAGGACAAACUUCCCUCUAGCAAUGACAUUAUAGUUCUAGAUUCAUCCUCCAACUCUUCUUCGGCUAGCAGCUCCUCCUCGGCCUCCUCCUCCUCAUCUUCCUCAUCAUCAUCCUCCUCGUCUUCGUCCAGCGAUUCAGAGUCGGAUGCAUCCAAGAAAUCAUCCUCUUCGGCCAUUAAACGUAAACGCAUGAAACUUAAAGUCGAUGCUGAGAAUGUGGUCGAUAGCUUUGAGAAGCUGAUAGUGCCCAGCUUAAGUGAUGUACUGCAGGAGCGCUAUCGCACGAAAUUUUCCAAUUCUACCAAUACCAAAUUGCAUUUUAUAGCCUGCAUCUGUGUCAGUGAUUAUAAUUCGGAGAAAUUUUCCAAAAUGGAAUUGGCCAAAGUUCAAAGAAACCUCAAAUCCUCGGACUGUUCCAUGGCCCUAGAGUUUCUGAUGCGGGAAAUUGUCAAUGUAUUCAAUAAACAAAAGCAGGUGGCCAAAUUGGGAGAACAGAACAGUGGCAAGGCGGCAGGCCAUAAAACGUCUAAUACUCCCGAAAAGGAACCCCCCCAGUCAAAGGAGAAAAGGAAAAAGAAAUCCAUACAAACUCGCCCAAGCAAUGGGGGUGGUACAUCCUCCCCCGACACCACCAAGAGGAUGGAUGAGGAUGCAGAAACCCCUUGCCACUCUGCCAGGCAUAAGGAUGAGGACAAAGCCAAUAGCAUACAGAAGUGUGUUUCAAAGGUGCUGUCCUUAUACCGCCAAGAAAUGAAAACUGCUGCCGUGGCUUCACAGCAACAAUCAAAUGUGGAGUCAGUGGUGGCACCCUGUCCCCAGCAGGCUGUUGCUUCAUCUUCAACAAAUCAACAUCAGCCAAGUGAAGUCGCCAAACAUACAUUCAACGGCGACAGCAUGCACCACUCAUUGGCAGCAGUGGCAUCAACGGCACCCACUCUGGCAGCGGCAAGCUCUUCGUCGUCCUCCACCUCCUCCUUCUGCUAUAAUGGUUUAAAACUGCACAAGGAUGAAAGUGCUUCGCAUAAUCUCAAUAGGAUUAAUCAGCUACAAAGGGAAACCGAAAAUCAAUACAAUCAUAUCAGAAGUCUGACAAAUUUCAAUUCCAAUCCGGAUUAUAGUCUCUUGCCCCUGGACACCGCCUCCAUGCGUUUGACUUCCAGCCUAUUUGAUUUUCCCACCUCUUCAACUGCCUCGACUACGUCCUUCACCACCCAGCCAUCUACGAUUCCAGCAUUCGAUUUGGAAAUUUUGAAAAAGCAAAGUCCCAUAGGCGAGGCGGUGGUUAAUAACUUGCGUGAGAUCGAUGUCAAGCUCAUGGAGCUGCACAAGCGUAAAAUGUACAUAGAGGAAAUGAUAUUGAAAUUGCAAAAGGAUAAAAUGGACACUGAUCUCUUGACCAUCAAAUUGCAAAAUGAAAAAUUCAUACUUCUCAAUACAGCCAUGACUGCUAAUGUGACCAACUCAGCGGCUACAGCUGUCAAUGCGGAAUUAAUGAAGAGCCAGGCUAGUAGCAGUAGCAGUAGCAGUCCUAUGGAGUCAAAUCUGAAAAUUGUUAAAACUGAAACCGUAGAAUUAACAGAUGAUGAUCAAGAGUUACCCCCAAAUCCAGCUCCCACGAUAGAAAAAAUCAGGGAGCAGGCACCCUUGCCACAUAAGCAGAGGGAAGAGGAAACUCCAAAUAAACCAACUGCUGCCAGUCGCAACAAGCUUACUGAGUCUAAUAGCAAACCAAACCGCCUCUCAAGUGAGGAGCCUGAAAACCGACUUAGGCAGCCAACUGAGAAAAGUUGCAAAGACAGUCGCAAAGAAACCCCAGCUAAGCGUAAAUCGAAUGUCUACACCAAAGUAAGCACUUCCAGCGAAAGGGGUAAAAGAAAAAGAUCUCCAGACUCCAUGUCAUUUGGUGAGACCUACAAACGUCUGUGUCAAAAGGCCCAGCAAGCAAAGUCCCACGAUAAUCGGGAGGUUAGCAGCAGUGGCCAUAAAACCACAAAACAUCGUGAUAGUCCCAAGGAUGAAAGUAUUUCCCCUCAUUCAAGAAUAGGCAGCACUCCAAGAAGCGAAACUUCCAUGCCAGCCAUUUCAGAGGAGAAAACUUCAAAAUCCCAAAACCACAAUUCAAAAACAAAUUCUGCCAGGCAUACAUCAUCACCCAGAAAUUGCCAACAAGGCACUUCAAAAACCCCCAGCAAGCCUAGCGAACCCAUUGAAAUAGAAGAUAAUGAAUCUGCAGUGGCACAACAAUUGGAGAAACCCAAUUCCGAGGCCAAAACUAUGCCCAGGCAAACAAGUGGUCAAGUAGUAACGAUUGUCGAUACCGAACGAACUCCUUUAAAAAUCUCCCAAGCCAUUGCAUUGGACGAGGCCAAUCGUCCAUCAACCUCCACCGCAACACCGCCCUUACCAGCUGUCUCACCACCACUUUCUGUGGCCAGUACAAAUACUUCCCAUCAUGGUGAUGAGGCAAACAAAGAUCUGCAAGAGUCUAAAUAUAAAAAUAUGCCCUGCCAAUUAUUCGAAGGAUUGCAAUCGCCCAUAGCACAAAUAAGGGUUUUCGAUAACACAAUACUCGCCUCUUCGGAAGAUGGUAAAAUCUAUUCGUUUAAUGCCUCCACCCUGCAAUUGCACAACACCUUUCACAAACACACCGAAGCCAUAACACAAAUGUGUGUGUGUGAGAAUAGGGGAUUUGUUUUUACAACUUCAUUGGAUGGCUAUAUGAAGAAAUCCUUACUGGAGAACUUAUCUUCCGGAACUCAAUCUGUAUAUCUAAAGGAACCUUUGCAGACGCUUGAUAUACAAUGGGACACUGCUUACACGGGCAGUAGAUGGGGCAAUAUAUACAUAACUCAUAUUUUGGCAAACAUACGUUCAGCAUCAUUAUUAUGCUCGACAGAAUCAUCCAUUAUAACAAUUAAAGCAGCUAAGGAAGGCCCUCGCAAAGUAUUGAUUGUCAGCUCCAAAGGUAAUCUGAUACAUGUGCGAGAUGCCAUUUCUGGAUUAUUAUUGAGGACAUUUGAUGUGCCCGAUUGCAUAAAUAUAUAUAGUAUAUUGUUGAAUGAGGGUAUCCUGUAUUGCGGCACUCAAAAAAAGGAGAUACGUAAAUAUGAUUUUGUGACUGGAAAUCCCGUGGGCUCAAUAACCUGUGGUAAUGGGGCUGUCAGCAUGUUAAUGUUUAGAAAUAAAUUCAUGUUUGUGGGCUGCUAUGAUGGAUUCAUAUACAUUAUCGAUAAAGAGACCGGCCGCCAAGUAACACGCUUGACUGGAUCAGGCAAAAUGAUAUUGACAUUGGAAAUUGUCGGUGAUAAGAUAAUUACUUCAGCCAAGGACACAAGCAUGAAAGUCAUAAAUAUACCCACGUUUUGUUUGACUGAUGCACUUUGAUUGCAGUUUGGAUCUCCAUGCAAUAAUUUAUGUUUUACAAAUCCAUGGAUGUAUUUGGUCAAGCACUAGCAGCAGCCGCAGUAAUGAACAAAGGAAACGAAACAGAACAUAGUUCAUGCAUUACUAUAAUUAUUCAAAUGUAUUUUUUUAUUCACAUUUUUUUCUUGUUGUUUCGGUUUAUGAAUAUUAAGACUUAAAAUUAUGCGUUAUAUAAUAAUUUUUCCUUAAAAAUGAAAUAUAUAUAUAUAUAUACAUACUUUUUUAAUAUACAUAUAUGUAUGUACUUUGUUGGUACAUAAAACGAUAUGUACCAAAUUCUACUUUUUUAUGUAAACUAUCACACACACACACAUACAUACACUGACGUGUGGAAUUGUAAAACAGAAAAAAAAACAAACAGAAAGUAAAUUAACUUUUUUUUUAAUUGAUAAAAUUUAAUAAAGAAUAAACCCUUUUGGCCAUUG